AUGAGCAUCCCCUUCAAGUACCACCUCUACGCGGUGAUGGGCAGGCAACGCCAUUUAUGGCGGCUAACGGUACACCGGUCACGCAGUUCGGCUUGCUUCUGCUAACAGAAUGGGCGGUCUUUUUUAGCCCUGGCAAGGCAAAAAGGAUAAUAAGACCACAAUUAUGCUAUAACACGUUCAACACCACGGAUGGAACUUUUUCGCAAGAAUACCAGUCAACCAGGACGACAACACUGGGUGACCGAUUGCAUAAGAUCUCCUGGAAAACGUGUGGUCCACGCUUCGAUCAAUAAAAGGCACUAAAAGGCAAUAAAAGGUCGAAAGCGAAGAUGGACCAUCUAAGUAUCUAAGUAAGUAAGUAGUUAAUGAGCAUAUAAACGCUCUCAAAGCAAAAUGAAAAGAGUUCCCGAGAAGCUGAAAAGUUUUGAUGCUCUUGUACCCCCUUGCAGAGUUUAGGGCAUGAGAACGCACUGUUCAACACAUUAGCGUCAAUUUGAAAUAGUCGGACCUGCCUGUUUUUUAUUGUCCCUAACUGAUGUGAUCUAGUUAUAUAAAAAAGAGCAUCUGAUCAAGAGAGGGCGCAGAUUUCAGCGAAGCUGGAUUCAAAAUUUACAUUGAACCGCAACGCGUGAAGCCAUUUUAAGUGCGGCCAUGGAAAAAAGCCAAUAAACAAGAGACCUGCUUGUGAUUCUUCAUUGAAAUGCAUCCGAUUGACGCUAGAAGUUUAAUCCGUUGUAUAGAUAAGAGACGUAAAAAUGGAACUUUUGAAUCUUUUUGGCGUGGUUGAAGUUGAUUCAGCGAUAACUUGCCAAUAAAAAUGAUGAUAUUUUUGAAAGGCCACAAUAUUUUCCAAUCAGUGACAGCCUAAGACAAAGAGUUGUGACGUCGAAAUAUCUUCUUAUCGGACAGUAUUUCUCCAUUCGCGUGAAGAUUUGCUGCACAUUAUUUUCAAGCCGAUCGACGUCAUGAGUCCAAAAAUUUUGAAGAUAGCAUUCAAAAAAAAAAAAAGAUUUUACAGUUGGAUAUUUUUGAUUUUUAUCGCUUUUAGAAAAUUUAUAUUUUUUGUUCUCGAAAGUUCAGUUUUUCCUGAUCUCCUUGAUCACCUCUAUCGAUUGAUACCGAAUUUGACCUACUUUUUAAUUUUAGGCCCCUAUUUUUGAUCGCCUCUAACUUAGUUUCUAGUUGACCUAGGGAAGUCAAACCUGGCCUCAGGCGUUUUUCCUGAUGAGCGUUUUGAGACGGGUGAUACAUCUCAAUCCCUGGUAAAGUCAAAAUUUUGAGUUACAAGCUGAGGCAAGUCUGAAUCUUCUAUAUGAAGCUUGAUCUCGUGAUGAUCUACAUAAUUCGAAAGCUGAUAAAGUUAUGAAGCUUUCAAGUCCACAAAGUGCGAUUUUCCGGUCCUUUUUUUGUCUCUAUAUUCGAGCUUUUCCUUUGAAACUGAUAUGAUUACAGUACUAUGUAAAAGCUGCUCUAUCGAUUAAACUAAAAAAAACCUAAAAAAGAAAAAAAAUUUUGGAGCUUUUUUCUUUUUCGCGAGGAAACUACACCGAUGAGAGCCUCAGACGAGCACUUGACACGACGCACUGAUCCAGACAACAUAUUUGCGCAAAUUUAUUUUUGAAGACCGAAUUCGGAGGCUCAUAGAGCAGCUAUAGCUUAUCCAAUCAUAUCGAUCGAUUCGUCUCAUUGUCUUUUGAUUGAUUAUUUAGGUUAUCAGUCGAUUGAGUUUCAUUCAGAAGUUUCGAACUUGCCUCAGCUUUAAGCCCCGUUCUUGAAGAACUAUCCGCAAUUGGAAUACACAAGUUUGUUUUUGAACUUUAUAUCGAUUAAUUUAUCCAGAUAUCGUUCAUGCCGGAAGUUCAAACUCCAUACAAAUUUUUUUCAAAAGAUGACAUGAUCUCAUCGAACCUUGAAAUAAUCAAAAGUUCACAGAAGGGGCGUGUUUCGCUGGAAAAAACGUUGAUAAGAAACCCCCUUUCAUGUUGCGACUGUGAUGAUUUAUUCAAAUAGAACAUUUCUUUCGUUGACUUGGAUUCAUAGAUUUCUUUUUUUAGAAUUUAGUUAGAUUAUAUGGAUUCGCAGUGAGAGGCGUUAGAUAGUGAUGAAUAAAUUUUCUUUGUUUUCUCAAAAAUUGGUUUCUAUCUAUAGUCUGUGCAGAUUUUGAAUGUCAAGUAGAAUGACGUCAUUCGAAAACGUUCUGUGGAUGGCUUCAGCGAGGACUUGACAUUCAAAAUCUGAACAGACUAUAAAUUUCUCGGAAGUUUUUGACUCACUUUCGGUAGUUCUAUCAUUUUCAAAACGCAACCGUUUUGGACCUUUCACCCAAAGUUUCUAUUCCUAACUCGAGAAUACUAGUUUCACUUUAUUGACACUUUUCAGGAAAAUGAGCCCAAUCUUUGGGCUCGCAGUUCUUAUAUCCAGCGCUAUAGCCAAUAUGGGUAACUUUCAACACAUCCUAUGAAAAGUUGAUCAUCGAUUCCAGCCCAAUGCCCAGAGGGAUAUGUUCGUUUUCCACUCAAUGGCCAAAACAGUGGAACUUGGCCAACAGAAUCGUUGAGCCAACUGGAACCUUUGGGUCAGAAUUCAAACUGUUUUCUACAAGUGAGCCCAACAGAUUAGCUUCCUAAAGUAGUUUUUGUAUUUAGUUCGUCCCGCCACUCUUCACAAUCUUGUACCAAACCUUCAAUAUCUCCAAUGUGUCGGAUAAAACAAUUUACUUUUCGAAUUUGCUCAUCGAUGAAAUGUGGGUUUUUCACUACUUUUUACUUUGAAACCUUUCGUCUUUCCAGAUUAAUUGGAACGGCCGUCAAAAACUUCAUCAGCUCGGACUUUGUGGGAAUAACGAUUAGCCCUAGUCCCGUGGUAGGAGAUGCGGCUUUUGCGUUGUCUUAUGAAUACAGAAAAGGUAAACAUUUCUCACAUGGUUUUGUGGGCGGAGCCACGGUUUUGCAAGUGUUGCGCGCUUCUAAGGAAUGCUUUUUUUGAAAAAAAUUACUAAGAGAAUUUUUAUAAGAGAAUUUUUAAAUUUUUGGAAAUUUCUAAAAUUUUUAUCUUUCAUCUUCAUCCUCUGAAAAAAAGCUUCCAUACAAAAAAAGAGAAUCUGAAAAAAAAUACUAUUUUUUUAAGCGGUCAAAAGUUUGUGAAAAUAUAAUUUUCAGCACCAACUCCAACUGAAAAUAUCGUUGUUGGCACGCGGGAUUUCCAGCAAUUGAACUUUAACACAAGAAAAACCGACCAAUCGACAAAAAUAAGCUCAAAAAACACCGAUGAUACGAUUGUGUUCCUGGCCUACUACAAUCAGGAUUCUUGGGACUAUGACUCUUCAGAUUGUCUAUCCUUUUUCAAUCAAACGCAGCUGUUGACAAGGUCAAUUUUCAUUCAACUCGAGAUAAUCAAAAUGAGUCACAAAAAGUGAUGGAACAAGAAUAAUCUCGGCGGGAACUGCGCUCUGUUGAUAAUUUAACGAUUCUAGAAUAUUUAAAUGAAUAUCCUGGCCUUUUUCAACCUUGUAUUAGAAAAAUGUAUGAAUUUUGAAAAAGCCAUGAAGGAAGAACGAAACCUUUCUACGAAAAGAACAAAAUCGUUCCAGUGGAUAUCGAAUCGUGAGCAGAAACGGUGGCAUUUGGGUCACGGACAACACUGAAUUCACCAUGUUUUCUUCGCCAAUCCCAGGCUUCCAUCCAAUAAUUGGCUUCUAUGGAUACAAGAGUGAGAUAAUACACUUAAAAUAACGGAAAAAACUUGUUCAGCGCCCAAAGACGCUGAUGUUUCCUGGCCAGACUACAAGGCGAAAGCAUGGGAGGCAAAAAGCUACGAAAUGAACUCGGCAACUGAGCGAAUCUACGUUUUCAUGCGCGAAGAUGCCACGAAAGUUGGCGUUAUUUCAAACAUCGUAUCGAAGAAUGAUCAAUUUGUGAGUUUUUUUGUAAGUUUAGUUGUCAAUUAUUAAAAUUAAGGCGGAUGGAAUCAUUGAAAUCUACGAAGGAGUUGGUGAGGUCUAUCGAAACAAUACAGUCUUUGGAACCUUGGUCGCUCGAUUCAAGUGAGAAUAUUAUAAAGCAUUUUUGUAGAAAUUGCAUUUUUUUUUUCAGCACCACGACAAAGGCUCCAACAACGCUCCCGGGUUUGACGUACACUUUCUGCGUUAAAAAAGGUGAAAAUUUUAAAUUAAAAACAUCUAUCGAAUCGCAAAAAAAAACUACUCGAGGCAAAGUUGCUCUACAGUAAAAAUCUUUUUCAACUUCAAAAAACUUCAAAAACGGAAUAUAUCCUACGGAAUUUCAGCAAACAAAGAUUUCGCUCAGUCUCAAGCUUCAUAUCAAGCGUAACGACGUUUUUCUUUGACGAAGCCCGCCUCCUUUUUUCCGUAGAUUGUCGUGUAUCGUGUGCAAGCACUGCGGCGCUUUCACACGUAAAAACAUCAUUUACAGACGAGAAAAUCUAUUCUUCUCAGGACGUAGGUUAAUGCUGACCUGCGCCUUUAAUUAGUCGUGUUGUUCACACGCUCGUAUGUCUCCGCCCUCUCUCUUUGGUUUCGCUAUUUCUUCCACUAGCAAAAACGUCUUAUAGUGAUAAGGGGAUGAUUAACCACUCAGAACGAAGAUUUUUCGAAUUUUUUCAAACUAAAGAUUAAUUACUAAUUUUAAUUGUCCUUCUAUUCAUAAAGUUCAAUCAUUUUUUUUCUCAGGAAUUGUCGCAUUCGACCUCUACGAAGUCUCCUCGCCCAGAUCCGUUGUUCCGACAACGCCAGAAAUUAUGAUACCUUCUGUGACCUCUCCUAAAUCCGGAUCAAAACCGGCCGGCGUCAAUCAUAAGGUUCCCAAAACUUCCAUCAGAACGUCGUUCAUUUUGGGUACCGCUGCAGUCUUCGCAGCGCUUCUACGUUGACUUGCCUGGAAGGAAUAAUUUCUUUGUGUGA